CCUUCUCUCAAAAACCGGUAACCAUAACAACGCUCUCCCUCCUCUUCACCGGUUCAAUCCGUUACCCUAAUCCCCUCCCCCCUUAUAAACCCCUUCUCCCUUUCGACCUCUCUCUGUGUCUACGUCUUUACCACUUUCUCUCUCUAAAACUACAUACAUAUAUAUUAGGGUUAGGGUUUGUAUUUGGAUUUCAAUGGAGAACAGAGAUUUGGCAAUGGAGUCUUCGUUUGUGGAUCGGAUCAAGGGUACGUGGAGUCCCGAAGAGGACGAGUCGUUGCGACAGCUCGUGCAACGGCACGGCGCUCGGAACUGGACGUUGAUUUCCAGGUCGAUUCCGGGGAGGUCCGGCAAGUCUUGUCGUCUCCGGUGGUGUAAUCAGCUGUCGCCGGAGGUGGAGCACCGCGCGUUCACGCCGGAGGAGGACAAGAUCAUUAUUCAGGCGCACGCGAGGUUUGGGAACAAGUGGGCGACGAUCGCGAGGCUCCUCAACAACGGUCGCACUGAUAACGCGAUCAAGAACCACUGGAACUCGACGUUGAAGAGGAAGCACUCGGCGUUGGUCGGCGGCGGUGGGGAUGAGCGGCCGGUUCAGGUGUUGAGGCGAGCGGAUAGCGGUGAUGUGACGAAGACCAUCUCUGGUGGUUUGCGUUUGAGUCCAGAGAGUCCGACUGGUUCGGACGUCAGUGAUUCCGGCAUUCAUCUUAUGAAUGUGUAUCGACCUGUAAUCUAUCAACCACCGCAACAGGUGGUGGAGUCGACGGCGCCACCGGCGUGGAAGCCACAAAUUGAUCCUCCUACAGCACUCACACUCUCUCUAUUUCCUCCGGGAGACGACGAUUCACACUCGUACAAGAUUCAAGACCACAACUCGACUCAGCCGACUCACCGCCGUAGCCAGAGCGACGAAUUGGGAACACCUCCUCCAUCAGAGGGGCAUCAGACGAUGUCGUUUGGGCCUGAGUUUCUGUCAGUGAUGCGAGAGAUGAUCAAGAAGGAAGUGAGGAAUUGCAUCUCGGAACUGGAGUCUGAAAGUUUGCAGAGUGAGAGUGGUGUGAGGAAUGCAGGGGUUAAACGGAUCGGAAUCAGCAAGAUUGAUUGAUGAAUCGGAGAAUGUGGUUGGAGUUGAAUGAGGGUACAGAGAUUUGGGUUCAAAAAAGAACUGAUUUUGGGUAUGUUUUCUCUUGGAGUUGAACUUGCUUGGUGGUGUACAAAAACAGAGGGGAAGACAGAGAUAGGGGCAGAGUAGGAAAUUCAAGUUUUGUUGAUUGGAGUUGCAGUCUUGCAGAGAAGAUGAAUCGGAAGAGGAUUAUAAAUUAUUAGUUGAUUUUGAUUUUGAAUUUUGGGUUUUAGGGGAUGAUAAUUAUAGAAAUCCAUAAAAAAAAAUAAAAAAAAUUAAAAAUUUGGAGCAAAUUUGAAUUGACAUUGGUAUCUUUGUUUUGGGGCACCAAAUUUAUCAGAAAAGGAACAAAAAGGAUGACCUCCUUCAAUCUUA